GGGCCAGUGGCACCAUGGCAGCUGCGAGGGACACGGCGCGGCUGGCCUGGAUCCUCUGCCUCGGGGCCGCGGCGCUGGUGGCCACAGAACAACCAGAAGCAGAGACCAAAUACGGGAGAGUGCGAGGGUACCAAUUCCACGUGGACACAGCUGAGAGGACUGUAAAUGUCUUUUUGGGACUUCCUUUUGCUAAGCCUCCUGUUGGAUCACUGAGGUUUUCUGAACCCCAGCCACCUGAGCCAUGGGAAGGUGUCAGAGAUGCCACUUCCUAUCCACCAAUGUGUCUACAGGACCCAGUACAAGGACAGAAUUUUUCAGACUUGAUUACCAACAGAAAAGAGAAAGUUGCUCUGCAAGUGUCUGAGGAUUGCUUGUACCUAAAUGUCUACACACCUGUUUCUACCGGAGAAAAGCAGAAGCUGCCUGUCCUAGUAUGGAUCCAUGGAGGUGGAUUAGUUUUUGGAGCAGCUUCAUCAUAUGAUGGCUCAGUAUUUGCAGCAUUUGACAACGUGGUGGUUGUAACAAUUCAGUACAGACUCGGUAUUGCUGGAUAUUUUAGCACUGGUGAUGAGCAUGCCCGAGGUAACUGGGGAUAUUUAGACCAAGUGGCGGCUCUUCGCUGGAUUCAGGAAAAUAUCAUGCAUUUUGGAGGAGAUCCAGGAUCUGUCACUAUCUUUGGAGAAUCUGCAGGAGGAAUCAGUGUUUCUGCUCUUGUCUUAUCUCCCCUGGCCAAGGGCUUGUUCCACAAGGCCAUUUCAGAGAGUGGCACUGCAGCCCUGGGCUUGUUCACUGACCAGCCUAACGAGGAAGCACAGAAAAUUGCUGCUGUCUCUGGCUGUGAAAAAUCCAGUUCAGCUGCAAUGGUUGAAUGCUUGAGAGGAAAAACUGAAGCAGAACUACUACAGAUAACACUGAAAAUGGACAUGACAGCACUGCAGAUCUGCAAUGACUCCUCACCUGAAAAUUGCAAACAGGAUAUCUUUUUCAUCAGUGCAUGUGUAGAUGGUGUAUUUUUUCCAAAGAGUCCCAUGGAAUUACUCUCUGAAAAAUCAAUCAAUGCUGUCCCAUACAUCAUAGGAGUAAAUAACUGUGAAUAUGGAUAUGUACUUCCUAUGAUGAUGAAAUAUCCUCCUUUUGUGGAUGGUCUGGAUAAAGAUGUUGCACGUCAAAUUUUACAGAGCAACUUAGCACUAAUCAUUAAGGGCCUUACAUCUGAAGUUGUUGACAGAGUGUACAAGGAGUACAUGGGGGAUGCAGAAAGCCCUGCCCAGGUGCGAGAUGGCCUCCUGGAUGCAUUGGGAGAUGUCUACUUUGUCACCUCAUCUGUGGAAGUGGCCAGAUCCCACAGAGAUGCUGGCAACCCAGUCUACUUUUAUGAAUUCCAACAUCGGCCGAGUUCCGUGGAAGGUUUGGUACCAGAGUUUGUAAAAGCAGAUCAUGGAGCUGAAAUUGCCUUUGUCUUUGGAAAGCCAUUCUUAGCUGGAGGUGCUACAAAAGCAGAAAAUGAACUUAGCAGAACUGUGAUGAGAUACUGGACCAACUUUGCUAAAAAUGGAAAUCCCAAUGGAGAGGGCUUGGUCCAUUGGCCUCAGUAUGACCUGGAGGAAAAAUACCUGGGAAUAGACCUGGAGCAAAAGGCAGCAGAGAAACUGAAAGAACACAGAGUGGAGUUUUGGGCACAGCUCAUGAAACAAAGUCAGACUGGAAAGAGAAAACACACAGAUUUAUAAGAUCUGU